AUGGGUGGUCUACCAAACGGACACAACAGAGACUCCGCACACAGGCCCGCCACGCCAGCAGGAACGACGAACAGCCCUCCAUACCUAAGGCGGGGAGCAAUCGUGCCAGGUAACCCUUCUUCCGAGGACGAAACGCCAGAGUUGAACAGAAGACGAAUGCAAGACCCAUUCGUUCCCCCAUCGUCCGACCCAACGGAGGAACGACGCCACGCACAAGACUAUCCACACGCUGCUUAUUGCUUAUCAUGCCGGGACAUGCGUGCAGGUGAAGGCACACUGGAGUUCCUCGGUGUUUUCGAAGAUGCGGAAAUCGCCGACGACGAGGCCAUAGGUCACGGACCAAGAGGUAUUGAGUAUAAGUGGAUUGAUGUAGAAGACUCAGCGGAUCGUGGUGUUCGUACAGCUUGGGUAUGGAUCGACGGCGAGGACUUGACAGUCUCGUUCACUGUUCGUCGUCCGGUGUCGGAUUGGCGGGAUCCGCAUGGUAGCGACGAGGAAAUGGACGACUUUUGA